GACGAUCAAAAUUAAAAUUGCAAAUUCAUGCGCCAUGUCCAUUGGCCAUGGCAAAACAAUUAGAAAAUUCUGUGCACCCCUGAUGUGAUAUUUUCCACCUAGUAAUACUAGUUUUGAAGAGUUUUGGGAAUACUGUACUUUUUUUUAAAGUAGAUAUAUCGAUAUUUCAUCGAAAUAAAGACCGGAUAUCGGUAGUUAUCCACCGCGCAUGCUGUAUAGACAGGAUAAUCACCACCACUAGUACUUGACUAAACUGUAGUGGAGUGUGACAGACAAGGGGUUAAGUUCCCGGAUGGUCUCGACAGCUUGUGGCCCAGACCCCCCGGUAAGAGCAGACGACAGUCAACACAAACAUUCAACCGGCUCACGUUUCGCGAUCUUGUCGAGGAGCGGGUUGUUUUUGGGUGUUUACUACUGUACUCAAAUCUGUGCUUGGAUCACGCAGAGCUACUCGCGAUCGAUGCGUGAAAAUCGCAUCAAAAGAUCCUGAGGAAAGGUGAAGUGCAUUGCAACGAAAAGUCAACUCGACACAGCCAGACCUCUGGCCAAACAAUUCACGUGUGUAAUUUUACAGCUUUAGCCGUCCACGCUCAAUUGAGUGUUAGAUAUGUGAGUGUUUGUAGCUUAUAUUGGACAAGACCGCAUCAACAACAACCUUAAGAAAAGGUGCUUUGAAUAUCAUUGCAGAAAAAGAAGACGUCUGGAGUCAUUUUCCAAACAUGGCGAGUUCAUUAGGGCUUUUUCUGAACGAGGACGAUCUUGAUGAAGCGAACAGGCUGUCCAAAAAAAUCGACUUCGUACAACUGGAGGAGUAUCAGAAGGACAUGAUUAGGAACAUUUUGGAAUACAACUGGGAUUCCGAACACCAAAUGGUGUCGAAUUUACUGCACUUUCCACACAUCAUGCCCGAAGAUAAGCGAUUAAAAUGGCUUUUAAAAGGAUUAAGAGAAGAGAAACAGUCAUAUUACAUUCUUGCAGCGGCUACAGGCGUUGCAGGUUUAAAAUUACAAGGGAAAGAUUCCGAGGAGAUUGUGGAAUUACUGAAGAAUAUUUCAACGUCACAAAACGGCAUGGUUGCCCUGCGCGCUUUCAUGUCACUAGCCGAGCACCUGAAACACCCUAACGAUACCCCCUUUGUGCUCAAAUUCAUGUACAAAUCCAAGUCGAACUUGCGCUACAAUUCAUUGGACUGGUUGAUUGAAAAUGUCAAGGACAAAAAAGAACUGUUAUCCUUGUUCGAAGACAAGGCUAUCCCGGAAGAUGUCAGACAAGAGGCAAUAGACAGGGUCAAAAAUUCACCCGAUGGCGAAGCUCAAGAUUGGGCAAAUGAGGAUUUGCACCAGUUCACUUUCAUUCCUAACCUGGCGGAAUUCGAAGCCAUGAGGACGAAAGAGCAGACCCUGUCUGAGCUAUUCACUGAGCUCGACCUGGAUAAAGAUGGUUUGAUCGGUGCAGCCGAGCUGAGAGAUUUCUGUGAAGAUAUUGGCCGGGAUAUAACCUUGGAGAGAGCAGCGAAAGAUAUUGCUCUGGUAGAUGGCAAUAUGGAUGGCAAAAUUGACAAAGAUGAGUGGAUUGAACUCAUGUUUCCAAAGUUUAAUAUUCAAUAAGAAAGAAAGAUACUAGAAUUUUCAAACUAGAAUUAAUCAACUCGUACCCAGUUUUAAAUAGAAAGUUACACGACAACAGACACGUCACAAAAAAAUCAAAGAUUAACUGUAAUGUUCUUUUUUGUAAACUUGUCACCCAUGGCCCAUGGCUCUUUGAAAGACCCCAAAACGAUAAAAAAUAUAUAUUAGUUUCAUUCUCUCGCUUCCCGGUUCUGAAUUUUAGAAAGUUGGUUUCAUAGCAGUCGUGAGUUGCGUGGGAAAGUUUUUUUCGCAAAAAAAAUACUUGUACUCGAUUGCCUAAGGAAUUUUUGUUUGUCUGGUUGAAGGUUGCAUUUUUGGGGGUUAGUCUCCUGAUCAUGUUUACAGUUCUUCCAGCUGCAAAUUAAUUCUGACUGUUAAGAGAUUGAGUUAGCCAUCGACUUCGCAUGGCGUGUAGGACUGGGUGACUGGGUACGAUAUAUAUAAAUUAGAAUUUCUGUAAGAGCUUGUUUGGUGGUUCAGACGGCUUGUCAGCAUUAUCCUUGUGGUAGACUUUUAACAGUCCCACUGUUUUAGCGCGUGUGUGGGAGUGGGUUGAAGAGAGACGCACUUUUGAGGCGUUUUUGGCUCGAAACCGGACAUUAAUCCAUGAAAUUUAAUAAAAGGUUCGGAAGUGUAGCAGCUGUCGUAGGCUUGCAAUUCUCUUUGUCUUCAUACUAUAGCAGCUGUUACUGUUUUUGGGCUAGGGGCAUUGUUUCUGUUGUUUGUUCCAUUGUUCUAUCAAAGGGUAUCAAGCCAUUGAUGUGAGACCUUGCGAGAGCUGCCACCUGAUCCAAAUAAUUGCGCUGAUCUUGUGAACCUGUGCUUACCCCUUAAAUGACAAGUAAUGUUACUUUUUGUUGUCAGAAAGGAUUCGUUAUCUGAAAAGGCGUCAGUCUCUAGCUUUUUCUCGCUCUCGAUACGUCAGUGAUUUGCGACGUCUGGUGUUUUGUAAGACUGGGAGAAAGUGUGUUUUUCCAGUCUAUAAUUGAGAAGGAUUUCUUAAUAUAGUAAACUAAAACGUUUUUCUGUAUAUUAUUCGUUCUUUAUUUACUAGGUUUUUCAGAUGUAUUCUUAGACUACUGACUUGUAAGUCAGAGGUGACAACAUCGUUCCAGGGCGUUUUCCCUUUACCUUAAAAAAUUGUAAGGGCGGCCUGGAACGAGGUCACACAAGUGGGGACCGGGAGAGGGGUGGGUGGGGAUAAGUAACUUCUCACACUGAAAGUUCAACAAAGUAGACUUUGUAAUAACGAUUGGGUCACUGUGUAAAAAGAACUUGGUGGCAAUUAGUGACAUAAUUUGACUCGUACUCAGACCUUUUUUUUCUUUUGACCCCAUUACGGCGCCAAGAAGAGAUCUGGGUGCUAGAAUAGUAAGUAGAUAACUUCGUAUUUGAGAAUGUCAUAACUCGACACAAAAACUCUUUGAACGCAGUAUUAAGUAUGUAGCUAGUUAAGCGCCUCAAAGGAUAUUUGAUUGCUGAAUAAAUCAUUGCUGUUAAUAAUGCA